AUGGGUGAUACGAAUGGACAACUUGUAGCUGGUGGCAAUGGCCAAGGAAAUCGAUUGGAUCAAUUGAAUCUACCAACCGAUGUAUUGAUCGACAAAGAGAGAGAUAUUCUCAUUAUUGGUGACCGGGACAAUCGACGAGUCGUACAAUGGUCUCGUCGUAGUGGUACAACUCAAGGAGAAAUCCUCAUCGACAACAUCAAGUGUUGGGGAUUGGCCAUGGAUAAUCAGAGAUAUCUCUACAUCUCUGAUACCGACAAACAUGAAGUAAGACGAUAUCAAAUAGGAGACAACAAUGGAACUCUUGUGGCUGGUGGCAGCAAUGGCCAAGGUGCUCGUCUGAAUCAACUCAACACGCCGAACUACAUCUUUGUCGAUCAACAACAUACUGUCUACGUGUCAGAUUGGAACAAUCAUCGUGUAAUGAAAUGGAAUAAAGGUGCAAAAGAAGGAAUUGUCGUCGCUGGAGGUCAAGGCCAAGGGAAUGCUCUGACACAAUUGUCGCAUCCUAACGGACUGUUCGUCGAUACAUUGGGUACCAUCUAUGUGGCAGACUGGUCGAAUAGUCGAGUGAUGCGUUGGCCAAAAGGAGCGAAACAAGGUACUGUCAUUCUGGGUGGAAAUGGUAAAGGAGAAGGAGCAAAUCAGUUCAACAGACCCUGUGGUUUGUCCUUCGAUCGACAUGGCAAUCUCUAUGUCGUCGAUUAUUGGAAUCAUCGUGUUCAACGUUUUUCAAUCGAAUAG